AUGUUAGAUCAACUAUAUCAGCUUUUCUGCGUACCAAAACCGCCUUCUCUAUCCAUUUCUGAUCUAAAAUGCAACAACUUCAAUCAAUUCAUCGAUAAGACCAUGAUGUCAUCACUGACCAUUGACGAAAGCCAAAGCUUGCAAAAAAGUGCCACAGACGAAUUAUCGAAGCUGAUAGCUAAAAAAAGCAACAGCCCCAGCAAUACAAAGCGCAUGAUUAAUGACAUGUUCAAAAGUGCAGCAAAGGCUUGCCGUAUGGAUCGUGAACGCGCUCUAAUCCAUUGGUUAGAAAUCUGCGUUUUUACAGCACUUGAUCUCCAGGAUACAACAGGUAAUAGUGGUAAUAAUAAAUUCUAUACAGAGAAAACUGCUCCUACAAUUGAGGUAGUUUCUACCUCGACUGAAAAGAAGAGGUCUACUGCACCACAACAACAACAGAAAAAAAAUAACCGUAAUACGGACAAUAAGAAAAAGACAGCUAAUGAAGAGAAGAAAACUAGACAGAAAUAUGAAUCUGAAACGGAUGUUUCAUGGGAAGAGGAUGAUGGAGAAAGAUAUGAACUUAUCGGCGCUUCAGAUGACGACUAUAUACCUUCAGAUGAUGAGGCAGUUGUUCCAAAGAGGACAAGGCCCGUUAGAAAAACAGCUGUGGUUGCUAAUGGCGGUAGCCCUGAUGCGGCGAAGAAAAAAGUGCAACGGAGAAAAAAGAAAAAUGAAGGGCAAGUCGACCCUCCUUCGCCUUCAUCAAAGUUAGGAAAGGUAGCAGAAGCAACUUUACCUGUGCUUAAAGAAGGUGCUGGAUCUAAAGCUGUUGUCAAAUAUUUUAACCAAAUUGAUGCUCCAGUUGCGUCUAAAUCGACCGCUUUGUUAAAUGGAUAUUUCGCUAGAGCCUUCUUCUUCCCAUCCUCUGACAGUUUCAAUGCUUUUAUUUCAGUCUUGAAUUCAGCAACAAAGACGAUCGAUAUAUGCGUAUUCGCUUUUACAGAUGAUGAUGUAGCUGACGCAUUGAUAGCUGCCAAGAAACGUAACGUAGCCAUCCGAAUUAUUACAGAUAACCAGCAAGCAGCGGGUAAAGGUGCUGAUGCUAAAAGACUAUCAGAAUCUUACGGUAUACCAUUUAAAACAGAUAACACAACGGGUUAUAUGCACAAUAAAUUCGCUAUUGUUGAUAGUGCAACCUUAAUCAAUGGCAGUUUUAACUGGUCUAAGGGUGCUCGGUUUAAAAACAGGGAAAAUAUUAUGGUUACCAAUAUACCACUCUGUAUCAAGGAAUUCCAAGCUCAGUUUGAUGCUCUGUGGACAGAAUUUUAG